UUAGUUUAAGCAGUUCCUUCACAUCCCAAACCCACCUGAGAUUAUCUCUUUCGCUCUCUUUCUCUCUUUUAUUUUCUUCUUCGUUCUUGAUUUCUUUCACUUUACAAACCCUAAUAAAACUUUAAUACUUCUUAAUCUCGAUAUAACUCUCAGAUCACUGUGGUCUAGAUACUUUAUCCUGAAGACGAGUUUUGUUUCUCCGAAGCAUAGUAAUUAAAAGAAAGUUGCGCUGCUUUUGCUGGUUGUGUGGAAAAGAUCAAUAAGGAUGGAAGUUGCUAGCCAAGAAGAACAUGACAUGCCUAUCCCAAUAAGCACUACUUAUAAUGGUGGGCACGGACACAUGAUACAUCGUCAUCAUGAUCAUCGCCAUCAUCAUCCUGCCAAUUCUACUCAUCCAAACCCACUAAUAGUCCCCUCAAAUGUUAAUGGUCUUGGCAAAAACCAUGACCAUCCUCAUCAUCAUGUGGAUUACAACAUGAUCAGCAGCAACAAGGAGAACAAGGAGAAGCCUGUGGUUAACAAGUACAAGGAAUGUUUGAAGAACCAUGCAGCUUCCAAGGGAGGCCAUGCUAUUGACGGUUGUGGAGAGUUUAUGCCAAGUGGUGAAGAAGGUUCCAUCGAAGCUCUCACCUGCUCAGCUUGUAACUGCCAUAGAAACUUCCAUAGAAGAGAAAUCGAAGGCGAAGAAAAGACCUACUUUUCCCCUUACCUCCACAACCAACCGCAGAGAAAAAUCAUGUUCCAUCACCAUCACAAGAUGACCAAAUCACCACUACCACAGCAAAUGAUAAUGCCAAUAGGCGUUGCAGCCGCAGCUGUAUCAAACUCAGAAUCAGAAGAUCAAAUGGAGGAAGAUGGUGGAGGAAACUUACCAUUCCGGCAGCCACCACCGUACAUCUACGGUAGACAUAAUCAAAAGAAGAGGUUUAGGACAAAGUUUACUUCAGAGCAGAAGGAGAAGAUGCUGAGUUUUGCGGAGAGGAUUGGUUGGAAGAUGCAAAGACAAGAGGAAUCUGUUGUUCAGCAGUUUUGUGAAGAGAUUGGAGUUAGGAGAAGAGUUCUUAAAGUUUGGAUUCAUAACAACAAAUACAAUCUAUCCAAGAAGAGUAACAACGUUAAUAACAAUGUCGAGACUUCUGCUGGUAACAACGACAUCAAUAAAGUCCUUACUGAAAAUCUUGCUUCUAGUUCUUAAUUAAUUAGUUUACGUUGAGAUUGUUAUUGUAUAUGUUUUCUUUAUAUGAGUACCUUGUGGUUAAUGUUUUACUGUUCUUAUUGUUCGCUGUUAAUCAUCACAUGAUCAAAAAUAUUGCACGGAAAAGAAAGGAAGCAAUAAAUUAUUAUCUCUAUUAGUAG